UGUAUAAAAAUGUUAUGCUUCGAAUUACUUUGCAACAUUCACGGAUCGAGCUUAGGCGCCAAAAGUUCAGUGGUUACAGUUCAAAUUUCAAAAGGAUAUACCUUAUAACAUAAUUGGCUGAUAUGUAUUGCACGCACCACCUCAGCAUUUUCGCACUUUGCAUAGGCACAGCUUUGGCUGUGCUUCAUAACGGCGAAGCGCCCAGACAGCACGCUGAAGUUGAUGCUGUUGAUGAGCCGCGGCAGCAAACGCUGCAGCAGCAGCAGCAGCUCCACCACCAUCGCCUCCAACAAGAGCGACAAUCUCUUCCUGGUUAUCACUACAAUGAUCCUACCACAACAGCACAACACGCUUCUAUGACAGCCACCUCCUUGCAACACACUUUCCCUAGCUACCAUUAUACAGCGCCGGCGGUAAUGGCAAUUACAACUACAACAACUACUACCAGAGCCCCACCAACGGCAGCAGCUGCUGUAAUACAAGCGACACAACCUGACGGUUACAUUUACAAUAAGCCCAAUGCCGAAAGUUACAGCCGUCAAAUCUUCUAUCCACCCACUUCUACUUUGGCUAUUAGCAACGAGGCUGACGUUCAACAGCAAUUACCACUAAACACCGUGCCCAGCUACUCUGUGCCACAAACUACGGUUGUCAGUAGUGACAAACCCAAUUUCUUUGUGCCGCGCGUUGUGACGACUACAGUCAGUGGGCCACAAGCUACGACCCAGUCACCGGCAGCAGGAAAAGAUCGGUUCAAGGAAGAAAACGUAUCGAGUAAAUACAACUAUGCACGUCCCGCCAAUACUGUGGGUUUGGGCGCUGAGCCGACGACUUCGUAUCAGCGCGCAUUUCAAGAAUUCACCGACUAUCUGAUAUGGCAAAGAGCGCACGGUAAACAGCAGGCGCUGCAGCAGCAGCAGCAGGUGACAGGAGUGGAAGUGACAACAAAAGCUGCACAAGAAGAAGAACAAAAACACAGACAACACACAUUUCUACACACAACCCAGCCACAAGUCAAUGUGCACAGGCAGCCUGCGAAAACACUAAGCGAGAGCCUACCGCAAGCGACGCAACAGCCAUCACAAGCCGCUGCUGUGAGUUUUCCAACACAAAAUUAUGCACAAUCUGCAACAGCAAUCGGAAGUAACAUUCCAAAGCAGCAAGCAGCCGGUUUUUUAAGCGGAGCUCCAACGGCGGCGUUAGCAGAGAGGCUACCGAUUAGUAGCGGCACGCUACUUACCGGCGAGCGUCAUACUUUUAAGGAUAAUACUGUGGAGUAUCUGGAAAUGCCGUCCGAAUCGUGGGAGCUGCCAUCUUACUACACCAUGGAACUGCAGGAGCCUCAUAAGAAUUUGGCAACUGUCGUAAGUACGGCAAAGGAUGGCCAGCAAGCUGAACUACCAAUAAAUUAUGCCACUCCACAAGCAAAUCAACAAUAUUUUUACGAGCCAGCCAAACAGCUCACGCUAACCAACCAGACACCGUCACGUGCUGCACUCGAGAGGGAUGAACAACGGAGGGAGCAGCAGCAAAAUCCAGAAGAUAAACACAUGCAAGUAUCAUUUGCCAAACAAGAGCCAAGUGAUGUCGCAAAGAAACCAGCGAUGCCGCCAGCCGGUGUGUGGUUCGCGAAAAUACCGCAAUGGCCACAAAAUUUAGCGCAGCAAACACAGCAGCAGCAACAGCAGUUUGCCUAUCAGCAAGAACAGCAACAAAACAAUGCACAACAACAAAUACAACGGCAACAACAACCACUUUAUAACCGAUUUGUAGGCACUUCAACAACGCAAGCAGUACAAGUCCAGCACACAGCAAAUGAACCAGCACAGCUUCCACUUCGCAGUGUCCAUACACAAGCACACACAUUAUCUCAGCAGUAUCAACAGGAUGAGAAGCAAAUGCAGAAACAGGAGCAUUUCUACAUUCAACCACAAACGCAAGCUCAACCUGAGCCAACUCGGCCACAAGCGGAACUCUCCAAUGCAGCAGUUACAUUGCAACAGAACUCUCAGCACCCGGCACAGUCUACUCAAGCCUAUCCGCCAUACCACAACGCCAAUCCCAGUGCAUUCUACAACUUAGUAGAUACAUCCCUAGUUCGGCGUCCACACAGCAACUACGGGGUACCGAACCAAACCGCCGGUUACACUUAUCAGAGGCCAGCCGUAGAGUGAGAGAGAGAGAGAGUUGAGAGUGGAGACCAUCUAUUUGAGAUCUACACAAUUUUAUUAGUUAGUUUAGUCAAAAUUUCAAUAUUUUUUUAUUGAUAAAUAAAAUAUAAAAGUUUU